AUGCUAGUUUUUAAAGAUGCAAUAAAGAAUGCACAGAAUGAUAAUGACAUUGAUUAUAGUAAGGGAUUUCUUGAAGACCAACUUGACAGACCACAGAUUAAAGCACCACAUGUAUUCACUGCUGAAGUACAACAAUGUGUUCAAAGAAAAGCUAAAUAUUCACAUAGCUUCAGAAAAAUUAAGAAGGCACUUAAUAUGACUUUUGAUUUGAAGUGUGAAGAUGAAUUCAUUAAUUUGAUUGAUAAAUUUAUUGAUUAUAAGAAAAGCAGUAUUGAAAGUGCAAAUAAAGAAAAUAUGCAGGUGCAAAUAUCAGAUUCCAUAGUUAUUAAGCAUUGUGGAUGUCCAUUAAACAAACGAAUCAAAGCAUUAUCAGAAAGCAAGAUACAACAUGAUAGAACUAACAAUAGUGCACUUAAUUUAUCUGAUCCUAAUUUAUACAUAUAA